UAAACUCUAGAGAAAAAAGGUUACCGAAAAAUCCUUACUUUACAUAAAAAAAAAAAUCCUCAAAUUCGAUCAAAGACUUCAACUUUCACAAAAAGGGUUUCCAAAGAUCCUCACUUUUCGAUCCUCCGACAUGUCCGAUCACCAGAAAAUCCACCCGGUGAGUGACCAGGAAGCUCCGCCGCAGCCCACGGCUCCUCUUGUGCCACGUGGCGCGUCCAGAUCGGAUCGCGGCGACCCCGGCAAAGAAUCUCCGCCGCGAAGGACCGUACCUUACCAGCCGUUGCCACCGCCGAAGAAGAGGAAGAGAAGCUGCUGUUGCCGGUGCGUGUGUUACACGCUCUGUGUCCUCUUGCUUCUCGUUGUUCUUCUCGGUGCCACGGUCGGGAUCCUCUACCUUGUGUUUAAACCGAAGAUACCGGAUUAUUCCAUCGACCGGUUAGAGCUCACCCGGUUUUCGCUCAACCAAAACUCGAGUUUAUCCGCCACCUUUAACGUCACGAUCACGGCCAAGAAUCCGAACGAGAAGAUCGGUAUUUACUAUGAAGAUGGAAGCAAGAUCAGUGUGUGGUACACUCGAACCAAACUCAGCGAAGGUUCGUUGCCGAAAUUUUACCAGGGUCAUGAAAAUACGACGGUUUUAUACGUAGAAAUGACCGGGCAGACGGAGGAUGCGGCCGGUUUAAUGGCAACAUUGCAACAGCAGCAGCUUCAAACCGGGAAUAUACCAUUGCGGGUUAGAGUUAACCAACCGGUUAGGAUUAAACUUGGGAAAUUGAAACUGAUGGAGGUGAAAUUUCGGGUUAGGUGUGGGGUUUCUGUUGAUAACUUGGCUCCUAAUAAUGUUAUUAGGAUUCAAAGAAGUAGCUGUAAAAUUAGGCUUAGGUUAUAAUUCCUUUGUUAAUUAGAUAAUAAACAUUUUUAUUUUUAUUUUCCAUAUAUAUAUAUAUAUAUAUAUAUACACACACACACACGCGGGGGAAAGGUUCUGUUGUCGUAUUUACUUUUGGUUAUUGUCUUUUAUCGGGUUUUGUUGGAAAUAAGACAGUCUUUUGUAC